CCCGGCCCCGGCCCAUGGGGGUCCGCAGGUAGAGCCGCGUGCUCGGCCGGGCCGCAGCCGCGAUGGCCGCGCGCCGCCUGCUACUGCUAGGGAUCCUUAGCACCUCCUGGGCUCAGCCACCGGCACAGAAAGUAGCAGCCCUCGUCGGCACAUACCAGCAUGUGGACCGUGCCACCGGCCAGGUGCUGACGUGCGACAAGUGCCCUGCAGGAACCUAUGUCUCGGAGCACUGUACCAACACGAGCCUGCGUGUGUGCAGCAGCUGCCCGGCUGGGACCUUCACCAGGCACGAGAACGGCAUUGAGAAAUGCCAUGACUGUAGCCAGCCGUGCCCAGGGCUGAUGGUGGAGAAACUGCCAUGCUCUGCCUUGACCGACCGGGAGUGCACCUGCCCCCCUGGCAUGUUCCAGUCCAAUGCCACCUGUGCCCCCCACACUGUGUGUCCCGUGGGGUGGGGGGUGCGGAAGAAAGGGACCGAGAAUGAGGACGUGCGCUGCAGGCCAUGUGCGAGGGGCACCUUCUCCGAUAUGCCUUCCAGCGUGUUGAAGUGCAAAGCCUACACAGACUGCCUGAGCCACAACCUGGUGGUGGUCACGCCGGGGACCAGGGAGGCAGACAACAUCUGUGGCCCCCACCUGUCCCUCUAUAGCACCACCCUGGCCUCCCUGGACACCGCCAACUCUUCACACUUCAAUCCCAUGGAAUCCCAGGAAGUUCCCUACUCCACCUAUGUCCCUGAAGGCAUGAACUCAACAGAACCCAACUCUUCCGCCUCUCUUAGACCAAAGGUACCGAGCGGCUUCCAGGGAGUGAAAGUCCCUGACAAUACAAGCUCGGCAAAGGGGGAUGAAGGCUUGAACAAGACCCUCCCGACCCUCCGGGUGGUCAGCCAGCAUCAGGGCGCCCCCCACAGACACAUCCUGAAGCUGCUGCCGUCCAUGGAGGCCACGGGCAGCGAGAGGUCCAGCACUCCCGCCAAGGGCGCCAAGCGCGGCCAUGCGAGGCAGAGCCCACACAGGCACUUCGACAUCAACGAGCACCUGCCCUGGAUGAUCGUACUCUUCCUGCUGCUGGUGCUGGUGGUCAUCGUGGUGUGCAGCGUCCGGAAGAGCUCCCGGACGCUCAAGAAGGGGCCCCGACAAGACCCCAGUGCCAUCGUGGAGAAGGCGGGGCUAAAGAAGUCCCUGGCCCCGGCCCAGAACCGAGAGAAGUGGAUCUACUACUGCAACGGCCAUGGGAUUGACAUCCUGAAGCUGGUGGCAGCCCAGGUGGGGAGCCAGUGGAAGGACAUCUACCAAUUCCUGUGCAAUGCCAGCGAGAGGGAGGUGGCCGCCUUCUCCAACGGGUACACGGCGGACCAUGAGCGGGCUUAUGCCGCGCUACAGCACUGGACGGUGCGCGGCCCCGAGGCCAGCCUGGCACAGCUCAUCAGCGCCCUGCGGCAGCACCGGCGCAACGACGUAGUGGAGAAAAUCCGGGGGCUCAUGGAGGACACCACUCAGCUAGAAGCAGACAAACUGGCCCUUCCAAUGAGCCCCAGCCCUGCCAGCCCAAACCCCGGCCCCAGUGGGAAACUGGAAAAUGCUACGCUCCUCACGGUGGAGCCAUCACCCCUGGACAAGAAUAAGGGCUUCUUUGUGGACGAGUCCGAGCCCCUGCUCCGCUGCGACUCCACAUCCAGCGGGUCUUCGGCGCUCAGCAGGACGGGCUCCUUCAUUACCAAAGAUGUUCUUAGGGAUUAAGGAGACCCGAGAUCCUGUUGAGUUACUGUAACACAAUCAGACCUUGAAUUAUCUUCGGGAUAUUCCGUGUUGCACCCUUCAUAUUCAUGGCUGAAACUUGACCACACGAUUGCAGACAGACGGAUGGUUUCGCCUGCACACGGUGUCAAAUGCCUGAUUCCUCCCGCUCCUCCUCCUCCUGCUAACACGCUCUGGCCUGGAGAAAAUGAUGUCCUCAAGCCAUCAGGACUUGCUGUUUCGAUGGCUUACCCUCCAGGCCACCAAAGAACCUGAACUUCAUCUUUUAGGGAUUGAGUUGUUCUGAAAUACAUCGCUGCACUUUGGAAAGUCCAAAUCGAGUGCCAGGGGCAUGUUUUCCAUAGCAUUUGCCCAGCUUUUGCUUUCAGAGAUGUCUUGUUUUUUAUACAAACAUAGUCAAUAGGUCCAGUCUACCCUCAGGCUUUGGUCUUAUUGGGUUUCCUCCAUCAAUCACUAUAAUUAAAAAUGGCUGCAGCUGUAAGAACUCUUGUCUGAUAUAUUUGCAACUAUGCGCCCUUAUAAACCUACCCUCUAAUCCUCAGUGGCCAGGUUCUAAAACAAAGGUGGUGUGGCCUCCCUUUGUGCCAGCGGGGUUUGUGGGCAGUGGUGAGCGACUGAUAUCAGAAAAAUGCCUUCAAGUGUACUAAUUUAUUAAUAAAUACUAGGUGUUUGUUACUGGA